AUGGCGGUCAGUCCAGAAUCACUGUUUUCCCGUCACGCGCCCUUCACCGUUCUAGCCUCAUCUAGACUGACUCUCUCUUUACAGAUCAAAUACCUUCUGUUCGAUUGCGACAACACCCUCGUGCUUUCUGAGGACAUUGCCUUUGACGUCUGCAGCGGCGUAGUCAACGAGAUCCUGGAGAAGAAAGGCAUUGCCGCGCGGUAUUCGCCCGAAGCCCUGAUCUCUCAGUUUGUCGGCCUCAACUUUCGAAGCAUCAUGACCAUCUUGCAGCGACAGCUCGGCUUCAGACUUGACCAGGAUGAACUGCGGGGCUUCACCAAGAUCGAAGAGGACCGUGUCAUUGCAAACGUCGAGGCGAAAGUGAAAGCAUGCCCCGGCUCACUCGAGAUGCUGCAGAAGCUCCAUCAACAAGGCAAAUACAAGAUGGCCGUUGUGUCCUCCUCGUCGCUGCGCCGCAUCAAUGCGUGCCUUGAGGCGACCGGCCAAGACAAGUUCUUUGAUACGGAAAACAUCUUCUCGGCCGCCGACUCACUGUCCCUUCCGUCCAGCAAACCGAAUCCUUCCGUCUACCUUCACGCCUUGCAGCAACUGAGAGCCAGUCCAGAGGAAUGCCUGACGACCGAAGACAGCAAGUCCGGGGUCCUGGCCGCCGUGAAUGCAGGAAUACCAUGUCUGGGAUAUGUUGGCUCCACGCACACGAGAGGGCAGAAGCACGAGAUGUCCAGCCACCUUAUGCUUACCGGUUGCAAGGGCAUUAUGUGGGACUGGAUUGAAUACGAGAAGAUAUUAGCUGAGAUCGAGGCUAUGGGAUGA